AUGUCCGAUAUAUCAGCAGAGGAGAAAAGAAGACUUUUGCGUGAAAGACGCCAGGCCAAGAUGGCCAAAGGAAACGCCAGUAAUAGACUCAAUGAGAUUCUUUCCCAAGGGUCCUCUGUGAAGACCAAUGCCAAAUCGGUCCUUGACGAAUCAGAAAGUCAAGACGGUCCACAGCCAACCGUUCAACCUUCAGGCACGCCAUUACACGAUGAUCCAGAGGUCCCUGACAUCUCAACAUUACUUCAAUCCAACACACAGGCUCCAGAAGGGACGCCAGACAUGGAAGAGGUAUUUAAAAAGAUCUUUGGGGGUGCAACUGGCCCCACCGCUGAUGGCGCCAACGGCGAGGGUGCUGAUCAAAACCCUUUUAUUUCUCAGAUUGUUCAAAUGAUGUCUGAGGGAGGCGCUUCACAAAAUCAAGCGGGUCAGCAAGAUGAAAUCUCGUCCUAUCAAAGUCAAUUACUCAAGUACCAGGCUUACAAGGAGAAGAAACUCAAGGUGCAUUUCUUGAUCAUCAGAUACAUUGUUCACCUUUUCAACUUUUUCUUCCAUUACCUCAAUUACACACUGUUCCAGUCGUCACCUCAUUUGUACAUUCGUGGCUUAAGCAUCAGUGUGGAGACAAAAACAUUCUUCAGCUACUUUAUGGCAUCGGAGAUUGUGUUCAUUUCUGUAUACUUUGGACUUUUAGCCAGCAAAGGCCUUUUGGGAGCCAAUUCAAAGAACCAUUUUGUGUCGAAAGCCUUGAACUUCGGGUCCCUCAUUCUACCUCAAGUUUCAAGGUUCCAACCAAUGGUGGAAAGCAUUCUUGUCUACUCCGAGGGUCUUGGAAUAUUUGUGACAGACAUUGCAUUAAUCGUCUUGCUAUUCGGAUUUGUUAGUAUUUACGGUUAG